UAAGAGCGGUGCCGGGAAGAGAACGAAAGUGUUCGGAGGAUUAAGUGAAAAUUGAAUCGGAGUAUGUGUUCAGACACAAACAAAAAAGUUUCUGCUGCAUUGAUACAACUGGAGUAUUAACGCUAGACUUGCGAUGCAAGAACAACUUUUUGAACUUUCAAAGUAAUUGUAUUGUGCUGGUGAAGUCUUCACGAAACUGGUGAUACUCUUCAAGAAGAUCCUAUUCGCCGUAGAAGCAUCGAUUGGGCCCCCCGUCAAAAUUACCGACACGCGAGAUGUGCCAGAAGUAACGCCAGCGCAAAAGAAGAGUUAGCGCCAGUACGACUUGCCAGCGAGUGCGUAGUGUUUAGUAUCUGCCGAUUUACCCAGCGGGUAGUAAUAAGUGCUUAGAGGAAGCCGAAUAAAAAAAAUAGGAUGAUAGCUGAGGAGAAAGGGAUGUAAUUGUGCGAAGUAUACAAACGAAGAAGAAAAGAGAUAACGUAUAAGAAUCAAGAAGAAAACAGGAGAAAAAUAAAAAAAGAAGUAAAAACAUGUAAUCCUUUUUUCGGUGAGAGGCCAUUGUGGAUUUUAGUUUUUCCAGAGAAUAAAGCCAUUGGCCCAAGCUAGGUGUUGGAAUUCGGAAUUCCUGGUGGGUUUUAUGAUCAUUGGCAGUCGGACACGAGAAACCUUCAGAGUACCGCUGCUGAUAUCGACGAAAUCUUUAAAGGAGGCCUCUGCAAAUCCCCACUUCCCCACUGCCACAGUUUAUGAAUAUCCAGAUAGAGAGGAUAUGAAACGAAGCCUUUGAAGUGCCGCCUCGCCUGCAGAGUCAACGCCAACAACAACAACAGCAGCAGCAGCAGCAGCAACGGCAAAAGCAACAGCAACAGCAGCAACUAGCUACAACAAAAACUGUGGAAAUCCUGCAUCGACAUUAAAGCCCGAAAAUUUGAAACCCGACGUUCAUCCCGUUUUCUGUUGAUUUCCAGGGCGUCGUCCGUUUGGUUAAGUUUCGACUUCGUCUUCGUCCUUGCAUCUACAGAAGGCCUCCUCCCUACAGUACGUAAUAUAUAAAUAAGAGGAAGGAAGAAGGAAGUGCCGAUUAAGAGGAGGAUGUUGAGGAGGUGUUCUGAGUGCUGAGGGGCUGGUGUUCAGUGGCGCAAGAUGGGCGCCGUGGAUCGAGACAAGCCGUGAAGGAAGGGGCAUCAUGGCUGCUGCCGGCGAAGAAGACCAAAGUGCCACCACCUCAUUGUUCUCCCGCCUCAACCCGGCCCUGACCUUACCUCAACCUCCGCCCCCUCCUCCUCCUCCUCCUCCCCCUUCUCCUUCUGGCCUUUAUACAGCUCCUCCACCCACUCAUUUCACUCCCACCUCCUCUCCUCAUCUCCUCUCAUUGCAUCAAGCGCACCUGACCAAAGACCUACCUUGUCAUCCUCCCCCUCCAACUCUCCUUCCCUCUCCUCAUCCUCCUCCUCCUCCUCCUCUUGUCGUGGGAGAAAGAUGGUUGAAACCAACCGUAGGACUUGGCAACACGAAAGAUGGUUCCUCCCUCAACGGUGUCUGUGGUGGUGGUGUAGACGUCGGUCUAGGUGCAACCAAAAACAAUGACGCCUUCCGUCUUAGGCACGAGCUUAGUUCUAGAAGUGUUAGUGGACGACUUUUACAUUCUACCUCCUCUACCAUAGAAACGCGUCACUCCCGCAGCGGCCCCGUCGGGAGAAACGCGACGGCCUCUUGGCCCUACUCCAAAGAAACCCAAGGUGCAACGGGGUCGCUGGGAUGGAAAAGCAGUGGCUUUAGGAAAAGCGACGGCCUACGAGCUGCCGCUUGGUCGUGGAGGAGGUGCGCCCUCCUGACCUCAACGCUCAUUCUGGGAGUCCUCUGCCCCGUGGAAGCUUUCGAUUUAGCCUCCUGUAAGGAACCCCUGGGGAUGGAGUCCGGGAAGAUUAAGGACGACCAAAUCACAGCGUCGUCGGCCUACGACGUCUCAGUCACUGGACCCGACUUGGCCAGGUUGAGGAUGGACCGGGCGGGAGGCGCCUGGUGUCCACGGGAAAUGGUCGGCCUCGAGGAUUCGAAGGAGUACCUGGAAAUGAUCGACCUGGAGACGCCCCACGUCAUCUCCGCCACGCAGACUCAGGGGCGCUUCGGCAACGGGCAGGGCGUGGAGUUCGUCGAGAAGUACAUGCUCGAGUACUGGAGGCCUUCGCUCAAAAACUGGUACACCUACAAGAAAUGGAACGGAGAUAAGAUCCUCAAGGGAAACGUCAACACCUACAUGGUAGUGAGGAACGACCUGAUGCCUCCGAUCUUAGCCACAAAGAUCCGUUUCAUUCCUUACUCGCCCCACCCGAGGACUGUCUGCAUGAGGGUCGAGUUGGUCGGCUGUCCUUACGUCGAUGGCCUGGUAUCGUAUUCGAUGCCCCAGGGUCACGACCGGGGAGUCGAGGUCGACCUCCUUGACCUUAGUUACGACGGCACGACGACUGAAGGGUUCCUUUACGGUGGCUUGGGUCAGCUGCACGAUGGGGUCACCGGAAACCAUAAUUUUAGGAGUGAUAUUGGCCAUGGGAAAGGAUACGAGUGGGUGGGCUGGAAGAACGAGUCCCACCAACCACUGGAAAUCAUCUGCGAGUUCGACGUCGUCCGCAAUUUCUCGGCCGUUCACAUUUUCACCAACAACAUGCACACCAAGAUGUCGAGGGUGUUCUCGAAGGCUCGAAUCCUGUUCAGCGUGGGCGGGAACUACUUCAGUAGCCGCGCCAUCGACUACCAGUACAUGCAGGACGAGGUGUCCGAGUACGGCCGUAACGUCACCAUUAAGUUGCACGGGCGCGUUGGAAAGUACGUCAAGAUCCAGCUCCACUACAGCGCACGGUGGAUCAUGGUCUCUGAAAUAUUCUUCGAGUCGGCUCCUGCAAGAGGCAACUUCACAGUCGAGACAGGUGCAGACGACGUGCCCCCAGACGAGCAAGGGGCGCCCCAGCACGAUUCUUCGUCGGGUUAUAUGCACGACGGCGCACCUGUAGGAGACAAGAAUCAUCGAAACUUAGUCGUGACCGACGUCUCGGAGGAGCCCCAGGGUCAGGAGUACGUGGCGCUGGUCAUCGGGGUGCUCAUUGCUGUCAUCAUCCUGCUGGUGUCGGCCAUCUUGCUGAUCGUGUGGCGGGCCAAGAGGCAGAAGGCGGGCACCAUCACCCACGACAUCUUCACAGGCCCUUACGGAGAGAAGAGGGACAUCGUUAAUCUGAAGGAGGUGCAAAAGUUCCUGACAGCUCCGGCAGUCUUGAGACCAUCUUCCUUGUGCGCUUCUCCUAGACUCGGCACUCAUAGAAGCAACGGCUACAGGCUGAACACCACUCUGCCCAUACACCCGUCACAGAUGGGCGUCGAGGGCGGGGACAUCGACAAGGCGGGCCUUUACUCGGAGCCAUACCACAUGACCUACAACUCCAUGGGUGGCUACUCCUCCAUGGCUCACAAGAUGGCUCAUCCGAAUCCGCUGUCAAGUCCGGAUUAUACAGGGGAGCUGAGUCAAGAAUGCCCUUCGACAGAGUACGCCAUUCCCCACCUGACGGGCGACGCGGGCGGGACGGCCGUCUACCCUCCCCCUCUGCCUCACACGAAGCCGCCCAUGCACGCCUCCACCCUCAACACCUUCCUGGGGAAGUCAUCCAGCGUGUCCAAUACGGCCCAGCCUCAGGAAAGCUUCUACGCCGCCACAGAAAUCGUUGCUGGAAGCAAUGGCACCUUAGGAGGGAAGCCCCAAUCUCAAGCCGGGAGCUCUGCCGCCAACCUGGAGAACAUCACGGCUCGCGAGAUCCCGAGGAUGGCCAUCACCCUCCUUCAGCAGAUUGGUGAAGGACAGUUCGGUGAGGUUCACCUGGGCGAAGUGGAAGACGAGGAAGGCGAGAAGCAGAUGGUGGCGGUGAAGACUCUCAGGUUGGAAGCUUCACACUCGGUCAGGUGUGACUUCGAGAGAGAAGUUGAGAUCCUCGCCCGGCUGCGGGACCCGAACAUCGUUCAGGUGGUCGGGGUGUGUUCAAGAGAGGAACCUCUGUGUAUGGUGGUGGAGUACAUGGAGCACGGUGACCUCAACCAGUACCUGCAGGCCCACGUCGCCGAGACUGCCUCUCCGAGGAACACUCACGCGAAAACGCUCAGCUACGGAUGCCUUAUCUACAUGGCGACUCAGAUAGCCUCCGGAAUGAAGUACUUGGAGUCACUCAACUUUGUACACAGGGAUUUGGCCACAAGGAACUGCCUGGUAGGAGCCGGUCACAUUAUCAAGAUAUCAGACUUUGGAAUGAGCCGUAAUUUAUACGCUGGUGACUACUACAGGAUCGAGGGAAAAGCUCUUCUGCCUAUCCGAUGGAUGGCUUGGGAAUCUAUUCUUCUGGGCAAGUUCACCACAAAGAGCGAUGUUUGGGCCUUUGCCGUUACACUAUGGGAAAUUUUAACCAUGGCAAGAGAGCAGCCAUACGAGGACCUCACGGACGAACUUGUCAUUGAGAAUGUUUCUUUCAUUUAUCACAACGAGGCCAGGAAAGUGUUGCUCCCCCAACCAGCCAACUGCCCAAAGGAAAUUUACGACCUGAUGCGAGAAUGUUGGAAACGCUCUGAUGCUGAUCGGCCCACCUUCCGGGAGAUCCACAUGUUCCUGCAGCGCAAGAAUUUAGGCUACUCUCCGGUUACCUGAGGUCUGCUGGAGAACCUCCAGAGGGCGUGUGCGCCAAUCUCCAGGAGGUCCUCCUACACCAACUUUGGUUUGGAUAUGUGCCUGCAACGAAGGCGGACUGUUCCGCAGUUGAGGGGGACGCACACUCUCUCCGAAGGUGACAUUCAGAAUCUGGAAGAGGAAGAAAUAAACGGUGGGCUGCCAGCACUGAGGGGCGCCUGCAACAGCUUCGAAGGUGACGUCUGCUUCUACAACAAAAAACUCCUGUUCUCUUCCCAAGAAGGUAGACAACUCAGACAGUAACGAUACAGAAUUUUUUUGAUUGUCGAGUCAGUAGAUUUCACAAUGGAUGACUUCUUCCCCAGCCUUCUAUAUCGCCUUUUUAGGGAAUCUCCCUCGGAGGUAGACAACAAUGGAUAUGAUAUAAGGAAUUCUAUACCUUCUUGCAUGUCAGUAAUAUGUUGUGUUCCAAGAAUCCAAUGAAUGUACUGCAAUUCUAUUAUUGACCGUGUACAUUAUUUAGAAAAUAGUGUACUACUGUGUACAUUUUAUACAGGAAGUCAAGUAAAAGUGUUCAAGGGGUGAGGGAUAGUAGUAUGAUAGACAUUGAAGAAUUUUUUAAUUGAAUAAUCUAGUCGCUACAGAUAACAGUUAUCGAAAGAAAAGUACAGUGAUUAUACAGUAGGUGGUUCACUAUGUUUUAUGAAAGUUUAGUACUGUUUCACAAAGUUGCGUUAAAAAAGUAAACGGUGAGAGGAACAAUUUAUGUAAAACAAAGGAAUACAUGGUCUUGUACAUAUGUUAUAUUCUGCUGACUAAACGAGUUUUUUUAGUCGUGCUCGAAGUUGGUAAAACUUUUAUGCUUCUUUACAAACAACAACCAUAAUGCUUCAGACCUUGUGUAUAUAUACUUGUAUGUAUGUUUGUAUAAAUUUUAUUACUGUACAUAUCAGACAGUUUUACAGUUGCAUUUUCAAUCUUUUAACUGCGCUAGUCAUGACGACCACACUCAUAACUGCCUAUUACUUAUUAUUACGUGUUGGGUAUAAUAAUAAACCAAGGAAAGGGAGCUCUGUCGUUAGAUGGACUUUUUACUCAUUCGACGAAGGAGAAUUCCCGACGGUUCAUAGAAAGUUCAUGUUUCAUUUGUGUCCUAGAAUAAUAAGGCUCAUAGACGCAUAAUAGGAUAUACUAUAUACUGCAUUUGAUGACGUUCUGUUUGAUUCGUUUUUCUGUUUCUUUCACUGAAUAUUUUAUUAUAUCGGAAGCUAUUGUAUAUAAAACGUAUAUUUUUUGUUAUUCGAGAAAUUAAUUUGGUCACAGAUUUUAUAUAAGAAGGCAAACGAUAUCCCAGUGUGCUGUAUAUAAACUGGACAGCAUACAUUUACUAUGAAUAAAGAGCACUGAGCUCAUGCACUUUUGAGCAAGUGUCAUUGUGUCGUUACUAGACACCGUAAAUGCCUCAGACAGUACAGUACUAAUAAUACUAUUACAUCUGUAACUACCACUACUAUUACUACGACUACUACCACCACUUCUACCAUUACUUCUCCUACCACUACCAUUGCUAGAGGGCCAGAUUACCCCUGAACAAAUGAACUCAAUGAAAACUUGUGUUAAAAAGAGGUUUAACGCACCUCUCACCUUUAUGCUUUAAUGUGGCGUUUCAACCUUCCUCAAGGGACUGACUCCUUCUGCUGAAAGCACUUCAGGAAUAACUAUUCGCUCGUGACCCAAAUUUGCAUCUGAAUUAACAAACAAAAAAUGAUUUUAAGUGCCCCAGCUCAUUCAUGGCUUGAAGACUUAAAUAAUAAAUAAAAGUCACACUCAAAUCGGACAUCUUGGCCUUGAUGAAAACGAGGAUUGUGGGAAAAAAUGUCUUAUAUAAACCUACUUUUAGAACCUUUUAGCAUGAAGAACACUCCCUCUGAGAACGGCAGAUGCCAGAUACUCAUAUUACUUUGCACCUUCCUUCAUUAACACAGUGUAUAAGGGCAAUAGGCAUUGUUAGGCCUGUAUAUAUAAAUAGAUGUUUCAUAUCUUAAUAACAAAGAAUAAAAACUCAUUUGUUGAUAGAGUGGACACCCGUGACAUGCUAUUAAUUAUUAAUAUUAGACUUAGAUGUAAACAUGAUAAAAUACGAAUGCUAUAACUUAAUGUUUCCUGUGAUAAAACUAAACUUACUGAAUGAUAACUGCGACUGAGGUUAUACGCUCACUACCACUGGGCAUAUCGAAGUCCAUUGGAUUAGGUUGGACCAGAAGAUGGUGUGGGUACCAGACUGGACCAGAUUGAACGAGGGAAGUUCUCCACUCCUCCCAAUUCAGUGACGAGAGGUUUUUUCAACUCCCAAAACCGCGGGAGUUGAUUGGAUGUAAUCGCCGUCACAUUACUUCAAGAACACUUGCCAUCAUCAGGGUUUAAACAGUAUUGUGUCAUUUGAUGCAGGGCAAAAAGUAUAUAGUACGACGGUUCCACCAUUCCUGUAAAAUUCAGAUCACCAUUGUAGUAUAAAAAUUAGCUGUUAUUUAUUCAGUCUUAUUAUAAAAUGUCUAUGCCUUUCUCCUAAGUAAUCCAGAGGACUUCGAUAUGAUAAUUCCCUUGACGCAGAAUUUACACUGGCACAUAUUUUGGUUUUGUGUAUGAUGAUAAAUUGUGUGCAUAAAUGGCUGACAAAGAACAUAUAUUAACAGGGGUACCUUCUCCUUCAUAAAUAUGAAAUAACACUGUUAAUGUUAUAAAUUCUCCCCCAUCCCUUUUCCCCACUUAAAUUUACAACUAUAAUCUACAACUAUAAUAGAAGGAGAAGCUCAUGAAUAACUAGAUGAAACUGUUCCUUUCAUAACCUAGUAUUUUAUUCGGUCACCUGAUCCUUUCUGUGAUUUGUUUUCAAGUUUAAACUGCCUUCUGUUUCUUGAAUUACGGACUAUUUUAUGGACUGCACCUGAAAGAAAUAAAAAUUCAAACAAUUAUUGAUGGAGACCCUAAAAACUUUUCUGAUUACACGUCUUUAACCUGUUAAUUCAUGUACUGUAUGUAUGUAUACAGUACUGUCAUCAUGGAAAUGAAGAAAACCAUGUGUUACUAAGGGAAGCCUCAGAAUACAAUCGUUACUAGAUCAUAUUUCUCCGAGACAAUCGUCAAGGGAGCCUGUUUCACUACUAAGAGAUAGAAUCAUGCACUGUUUAAGUGUGACAAAAAUGACUGUCAUUUAACAAACGUAUUCCUCACUAAGAGGAGAAAAAUAUUUUUAGCAACAGAAUAUAAUAAAAGGCUUAAUAUUUUUCCCCGUCUCCGUUGAUUCGAAUUUUUUUUUUCAAUUUCAAGGAAAUUAAUGUUGAAAUGGGAAUGGAACACUUCCCCAUCUCUAGGAACAUUUUCAUAUUUCCAAAGACUUGUUUUUUCGCCGCUUAGUGGGGAAACGUCACUACAUCUCAAAGAAAAAACAAUGGUUUCAGUGCUAGUUGUAAUAAUAAUACCUUGCCCAGCUAGGAGGGAAAGUGUUUUUUUCUGCUCGACGGGAAAGUUUCAUCUCCCAGAGAAAAAAUACUUUGGCUCCCAGCCAGGAAAAUGUACCCAGGUGCGAAUGUAUUUCCACUGUCAAGAAUUUUUUUUCUACUUCUGGACAAGAAAUGGUUGUUUUGUUUCACUCUCAAACUUAUUUAAUUUAUUGAUUUCUAAUGAUAAACCUUUCAAAUAUACUCCUUCACAAAGCAAUGCGUUGUGUUGCAAUAAUUAAUGAAACACUUACUACAACACUAUAAAUAUAUAUGAAUAAUCUUGCAGCCUUCGAAUGAUAUAUAUAUUUGCAAUAUUGGUCAACUUUUUUUCCUAAAGUAAUGUCGGUAAGUCAGUGUGUGCAACAUGUUGGACACCUGAUGAUGUCAUUUGUGGACUCAAUAACAAGAGUUUUGUUUCAUUCAUAUAAUGAAAGUCAAUUUCUCUUUGAAAACGAGUUAUUCACCCUUCCAGCUACAUAUGGUCAAUACUGUAUGUAUUAUAUGACGAACAUCUGUGUUGUGCCUUUCAAGAAAUUUAUUUUUUAUGGAUUUUUGAAACCAGACUCCAGAGGAUAAGUUUUUUGAUAUCUUCAUUGUAUAGUCAAAGACUUUUUCAAGAGAAAAUUUGCUGAAGAUGAUAUUUUGUAUAUUGCAAAGCUUCGAAAAAACAAUGGACAGACUUUAAGCUUUUUGCCCCCUUCAAAAAAAAGCUGGCAUCCUAUCUCUUACUAGCAGACAUUUUAUGACAUUUCUAUCCCAGUGCUAAUAAAUCCUAGAGAGAAAUUUUUCAUUAUAUGAUUGAAGGCAGCAACUUCAAGCCAGGUAACAGAGAGAGAGAGAGAGGUUUUAUGGACAAAACGGCUAAUGAUUUGCAAUACUCAGUUUACGUGCAUUAGGUUGUGUGAAGUUUUAUAGUCGAGAGACAAUACUAAAACGUUUGUGUCACUGAAGGGAUCAUUUUUCGGUCACGAAUAACUUCGAAUUCAUCCCAGUGUAGAUGUGAUCUGUCAAUAAGAUUUGAUCUCUCUCUGUGACGGCUCAUUAAAGCUUUCUUAAAUUGCUCUCUUAUUUAUGGUGACAUGUAUCAUUAAGUGGAAGUGAAUUUUUUUAUACAAAUAUAAAUAUGUAGUGGAAAAUGCGAUGCUGCUUUCUUUAGUCCGUGUUGACAUGAACGAUCUUGAAGACCAAAAGUUUAAGACUAUAAUUUCUCUAAUAGCUCAAGAAUAUAUACACAAAAACAAUUUGCAGUUAAGCUCGAAGAUAAAUGGGUGACAAAAAAAAUCAUAUAAACACGAGACUUGAGAGAAUUCUGCAAAGCAUGGAACGACUACAUAUGCAUAAACUCUUGAUAAAUAAGAAAUAAAAAAAUCAUGGAGGUGUGUUAUUGUGAUUUGUAAGACAUAUCUCAUUUUGUUGUGCCUGCAUUACUAUGGUGUCCUUGCAUCAUUUUCGAUAUUGCUACUGAAGUGUGCGAAUUGACUGUAUAUACAUGUUAGAAAUAAACUAUGAUAUUUUUGUAA